UGGGUAAAACGCUGUCCGAGACAGCGUUUUAUUCCCUGUUUUUUUUUUUAAAUGAAACGCUGUCCGGGACAGCGUUUCAUGGCCAUAUAUCAGCAUGUUCACUUCAGCAGAAUGCGCAAGAACUCAACCUCAACGCUUUCCCUCCUCCCUCUCACACUAAACCACGACCGUACUCAAACACCCGCAUUGCCGCCGCCGCCCACCCUUGCGCCACCGCUGCUGCCGCCACCUUGCUGCUGCCCUCCUCCCUCUCACACUCACUCACUCAAUUUCGUGAUACGAUGGACGGUGAAGAUCGUACGCCUGGACCCGUUGACCCUUCUGUGCUUACACUACAGGGCACACACCGCAGCGUUGCCGUAUGGGAUCAGACGGUUGAUCCGGCAAAGCAGCUCGUUUGCAGGCAUUACACCACCAGGUUCAUGGUGGGGUGGGGAAUCGAUCCUCGCGUUUUGGCGUACGUCGAGUUUUUCGGUUUAGGUGGUUUUCACCGUAUGGCGUAUAGGGAGAUCGAUCGAGCGCUUGUCACUGCGCUCGCGGAGAGGUGGAGACAGGAGACGCACUCCUUCCACCUACCUGUUGGUGAGACGACCGUUACGUUACGGGACGUGGCGAUUCUUACGCGCCUUCCAGUACAUGGGUCUGCGGUGACAGGACACGCGUUAGUCGAUCCCGUCGGUUUGGUUGGUCGGGUACUUGGUGUCCAGCCAGGUCCCGCCGAUAUUAGGGGAUCCGGGUUGAGGACCGGCUGGGUCCGUGAGACUUUCCGUGAGCUACCACCAGGGGCUGAUGACGCCCAGGUUCAGAGAUACGCCCGGGCGUACUUGUUCUUCCUCAUCUCGGGCGUGUUGUUCGGGAAUAAGAGCGGGAGCCAUCUCCAGCUCAUUUACAUGCAGCUGUUGGACCACGACUGGGAUCAUAUCCGAGGCUACAGCUGGGGUAGCGCCUGUCUGGCGACGUUGUAUCGCCAGCUGUGCAGAGCAUCCCACGUAGGUGCUAACGAGAUUGGAGGUCCCCUGAUUGUCCUCCAGUUCUGGGCUUGGGAGCAUAUCCAUGUAGGCAGACCUGCGAUACACCGUCGGGGGGAGCAGGACCAGGACGACCAGUACCAGGCGUACGAUGCUCCCCCGCUCCCUACACCGGAUGAGGCAUAUGGUUGCAGGUGGGUGGUACCCAGGCUGACACAUGCUCAUGCGGCGAGGGGUCUUCCGUAUUACCGAGACGCCCUAGACCGACUCACCGAGGGCUAGUAUUAUCUGUUGUAUUCCCUGUUAUUUUGUAUAAUGAUGUACAUAACACUUAUGAAAUUAAUAUAAUAAAUCUUUUUUGAAUGACUCCGUGUGUGCUUUGAAGUUAAUUUGGUGGUUGGACUGUUGUUGGGCUGUUUCGAGUUUUCUGCAGUGCUUAAAGUUGACGGAACUCCCAGAAUAUGGUGGUGGUACGUGGUGGGGAGUGGCGGAGUUGGUGGUCGACGGUGGUGGGGUAGGGCUGUGGAGCUGGCUGUUGUGGUGGCUGUUGGAGGACUGCAGCAUGCAAGCUGUUUGCUGAAGCUUGUUUUCUGCCUGGAUGCUGGUUGCUGUUUCCAGCAGAAAAGCGCUGUCUGAGACAGCGCUUUAUGUUCAAGAAUAAAGCGCUGUCUGAGACAGCGUUUUAUGUUCAAGCAUAAAGCGCUGUCUGAGUCAGCGCUUUAUGUUCAAGCAUAAAGCGCCAUCUGAGACAGAGCUUUAUGUUGAACAUAUAAAAUAGUUGUAGUUGAAUUUUUUUUAAAAAAAAAACCAGGGGUAAAACGCUGUCCGAGACAGCGUUUUAUGCUGGAAGCUUAGUUUGGUAAAUAGUUUUGCCACGCAACCAUUUUCGUAAAUAGUUUCCGUUUAAAGCUCAAUUUGGUAAAACGUCCGACAAUGUGAGCUAUACUUGGGAUUAAAGAGUACAUCAAUAAGCAGAUUUAAUUACCAUCUCAGUUCCAUAUUAGUUUACAUGAGCAAGAUGGAGUAACUAGUUAUACCCAUGGUCUCAAAGUUAAUUACACGAUUUUUUCUCGGCUAAAAGUAGAAAAAAUAAACAUAACAUACCAUUUUAUCAAGGUGAUAAAUUUGGAAUGGAAAAUAUGUUAUCUAGGAGAAAUCCAUAACAAUCAAUUAAUCCUUUAAUCAGAACACUUAAUGAAGUUACUUUUACUAGGAGAAAUCCAAGUAUAUCACGUACCUGAUUAACUUGGAAAUUGGAAUGCAAAUCAUGUGGCAAACUUACGAGUAUUUAUAUCAAUCAUCAAUGUAGCAUUGUGCCAUUGUUCAGUGUUCACAUUAAAACCACGAAUGUAUGCAACAAGCAAGCGGUUCUACCGUAAAUCUGCUAAUUAUUUUAGUGGUUUUAUCCAAAAUAUUAAAAGUCGUUUGCCCCUUGAUUUUGUAUGUGUCGUUUAUUAAGGAGAUAAGUUGGGGCUUAUUCCUUUUAUUAUUGUAUUGAAUCAUACAAAAAUAAGCAAAAUAAUGUUGAAUUAUGAUGGAGA